GGCGCCUCGCGGCUGCGCUGCAUUUCCUCGCCGUCCGAACUCCGGCUGGGGGCGCGUCCUGCGUCUGGAAGCGAUUGGCUGGCGAGGCGCGCGCGGGGGCUGAGCUCCGCGCCGAGGCGGCCCCCUCGCCCACCUUACAAAUGCCGCCCAGCCCGCGCGCCAAACUUCACUCCAACUCCGCCGCUGGGCGCUCUCGCGCUCUCCUCGUUGCGCGCCUGAGGUGGCCUCGCGCCCCUGCCUGCCUCUCCUCCCUCUGCAGUUGCUGUGGCCGAGGCGGCUGCCGGGGCUUGCGCUUCUUGGGGCAACUCCGGCGGCAGAGACAUGCCUCCGUCGUCGGCGCCGGCUGCUCCCUGGAAAAGCUUCACUCUGGCUUUGCUCUUAGCCACCGGCGGAGCGACUCCCUCGAGGCGGAGACCCCAGCUCUCCUUUCCUUCACUGAAGCAGAAAUGGGAAGAAUAUCGGCUCCAGUGUUUGGAGUAUCUCCAUGAAACACCCCCUCUUAUGGCAGAAGGCAAGUUCUGCAACAGGACAUUUGAUGAAUAUGCAUGCUGGCCUGAUGGUCUGCCUGGCACCUAUGUGAACAUGAGCUGCCCUUGGUAUCUUCCAUCAGCUAGCCCAGGGCAAGUUUACCGCUUCUGCACACUGGAGGGCACGUGGCUGCUGGAGGAAAAUUCCACCAUUCCAUGGAGGAACAUAUCUGAGUGUAUGGCUACUGAUGAAGACUCACCAGAAGGCCACAUGCUAUUCCUUUCUGCCAUCUAUACCACUGGAUAUGCUCUUUCCUUCUCGGCCCUUGUCAUAGCCACUGGCAUCCUCCUGGGGUUCAGGCAUCUGCACUGCACCAGGAACUACAUUCACUUGAACCUUUUUACCUCAUUUAUCCUCCGUGCUAUAUCCAUCUUCAUUAAAGACUCCGUGAUAACUUGGAUGUAUAGGACAGCCCCUCGUGAACAGCAGUGGGAGAGUUUAUUCUCUUAUCAGGAGUCACUUAGCUGUCGCUUGGUCUUUGUGAUGAUGCAGUAUUGUGUGAUUGCCAACUACUAUUGGCUGUUGGUGGAGGGAAUGUACUUGUAUACGCUGCUGGCACUAUCUGUUUUUUCUGAGCAGAGAAUCUUUCGUCUCUACCUUUUUGUUGGCUGGGGUGUGCCAAUGCUGUUUGUUAUCCCCUGGGGAAUUGUCAAGUACCUUUAUGAAGAUGUGGGCUGCUGGAACAAGAAUCUUAACAUGAACUACUGGCUGAUCAUCAGGGUGCCCAUCCUUGUUGCUAUAGGGGUAAAUUUCCUGAUCUUUAUCAGGGUUAUUUGCAUUAUCAUUUCUAAGCUGCAAGCCAACCUGUUGCGCAAAACUGACAUAAAAUGCAGAUUGGCCAAAUCUACGCUGACUCUGAUUCCACUGUUGGGGACCCACGAGAUUGUAUUUGCUUACAUUACUGAUGAGCAUGCCCAAGGAACAUUGCGCUUUGUGAAGCUCCUUUUUGAACUCUCCUCCUCUUCCUUUCAGGGUCUUCUGGUUGCAAUUCUCUACUGUUUUAACAACAGUGAGGUUCGGACAGAAUUUCAGAAAAGCUGGGAGCGCUGGCGACUAGAGCACUUUUAUGUCCGCAGAGACAGCAACAUGAAGCCUCUCAAGUACCCAGCCAACAGUAUAAGCAGCGGAGGUACCCUGGGGAGCACAGUCUAUGCUGCCACUUUCCAGGCUACAUUCAGCUAAGAUUUCUGUGGAGGCUAGUGCAGAGGAGUCUGACCAGCUGACAUGAACUGUAGGAGGUACAAUCGAAUCCCCUUGCAUAUCCAGCCAGCCAGAUUGCAUGAGGCCUUUGGAAGACUUGAACCUCCCUCGUUCAUGGCUGCAGGCAGCUGGACAAGCUUUCAAAAUAAAGCAGCCACCUAAUAUAAUCAAUACAUUUGAGGGGAGAACAUGCUCUUUAAAGUAAGCUUAAAGCAUUUCUUCUCAAUAUCAGAGGCCUCCAGGUGCCCAAAGCCUAUAAACACUGUGUUGAUGCUGUCACAAAGCGUAAAGGUAAUCAUUUAUUAGCGUGGGUAGACAGGUUGACAGCUUUACUGAUUAAAUUACAAGGAUGCAGCUGAUCAUUACAAACAAGAAAAAACUCCCAUUGGGAAAAAGGGGAGAUUAAACUUUUGCAUGGUUACAAAGAAACAGUCACCAUAAUCUGUAGAAGCAUUUCAAGCCUUUCCAAGUGGUAGCUUUCUUAAACACCCAAUAUGCAGUCAUUUGACUUGUGUGUUCCAGGCAUUUCCAUAAAUGGGACUUUUGUGCCCCCCUCUAAUCACACUGCAAGAAUAGUAUAUUCACUGCAGUUUUGAAUGUCACAUGUGGUGUCGUGGACACCUAAUGGCCAGUGCCAGUGACUUGCAAAGAACAGUUAUCCAUCUCUUCACUCCUAUGGCACAGUAAGUAGUAGUUUACUUUUUGUUGCAUGAGGUGUUCUCUGUUUUAUGGUAAUGUGUACAAUUAAAAAUGGGAAAGAUUAUUUAACAAAUAACCAUUUUACACCCUUAUGCUUUCACAUACCUCUUUCUAAAAAAAUAGUGCAUGCUGUACAUUUCUUCUCUGCAGCAUUGGAUUCUAUCCCUCAUUUUUGUAAAAAAACAGCAGCAUAGUAAACCUGAUAAACAGGCAAUUUCUAUGUGGCAGAGCAAUCCUCUACUGACCCCAGCAGGACUAUUCUACUCAUCCACUGCAUGGGGACAGCAUAUAGUACUGGUGACUGGAUCCACCUACUAUUUCAUCAUUUGAAAAGGCUUGAAUUGUUCUUGUGCCAUUCAGAUCAAUUUUUGCUGGUACGUCCAUGAUUGAAGUAUAUGAAUACUGGAUAUUUGAUGUUGCCUUUGGUUGCAUGCUCCCAAACAUGUUAAAGAGUAAUUUCUCUCUCGGAGAAACUUAAAUCUAUGUGCAGAUGAUGGUUCUUUUCCAUGUGAUGAAUGCACACCCUUUCUGCUGUUAGUGUGUGUUUUUAAAUGCCCAGUCUUACCACUCUCAUAGCCCUUUACUGCUUCAGAAGGCUGCACAAAUAUUACUAUGAACCAAAGUAAUUAGUGGCUUUCUGGAAUUGAGUAUUUGACAGGGAACAACGUAUUAUUCUCUGCCCCCUGUAGGUAUAGAAGCGGAUAAACAGGAACAUGGAGAAAAUAAUACCCUUUAUAACAUCUAUGGAGACACAAAUGUAGAAUUUAGUAUUUUAGAACUUUAAUCAUUUGUUCACAGGAGUCCUUAACUUUAGCAUAGGUUUUUCUAUGCCUUGCUUUUUUUCUUUCCUUUUCAAGUGUCUUAUAGCUACAGGGCUCUUUUAUGCUAGAUGUUGAAAACAAAAACAAGCUGAUUCAGGAGCUAUAUUUUCAGCACUUUGGCCAGCUCACUCUUCUAUGCUACAGCCAGCCGGAUUUCUUGCUUGUCAAUAAGCCUUUAGAAUCUUAAAAAUUAUGUAGGCUGCUCAGCAGGAAUGAAUUAAAAAUAUAUAAAUCCAAUUUGCCUUUUCAGUAAAGCCAAUUCAAGUUGCCAGUCAUUCCUAGAACGUUUGAUUGCAUACAGAGAAACUCUGGUUUCAGAGAUCAUCAUAUAUGAAUUACCGUAUUGGUAGUAAUGGUGUGCGCUGCAGCACUGAGUUGAAGUACAUUUGAAACUUGUCAUCUCCUCUAAAAACAUAUUGCAUACUAUUGUGGCCAUUCUGGACUGGACCUUGGAUUUACCAGAAUCUGAAAGGUUCUGCUGUGGGCCCAGGAGACUGUCCCUGUGUUGUGUAGAGCAUGCAUAGAAAUCUCUAUGGCUGUGUACUGUGAUACCAUAAUUGGGCCUGGCAAGCUGCAUCUGUAUAUACUGUGUGCACCUAACAGUAAAGAAACCUUCAGCAACGUGGUAAUCCAGGGCAGUCAAUGUGGUAGCUUCCAGAUGAUGUGGACUGCACCUUCCGGCAGCCUCAGCCAGCAUACAAAUGGUCGGGGGGAAAUGCAAUUGUAGCCCAACAACUUCUAAGAGCAGCACAUUGGCUGCCCCUGCUCUAAGCCAUGCUGGACACGCCACCUUUGCUGGAGUGAUGUUUUUAUACUGUUACACUAGCAUAUUAGGAUUCUGUCCAUGCCAGAUGUGAGCUACAACGUAUUAGUUUCUUGAGAACCCGAGGCUACCAAAAUCCACUGGACUCAAGUAGGUUUGCUAGCAUAAUUCAGUGAUGUGGGCUGCUCAGUGAUCUGGAAUACCAAACCCUUUUAAGGAGUUGAAUCGGCUGGCUUUGACAGAAAUCCUACACAUCAGACACAGCAACUGUAGCUGCCACAAGUUUAAAAUUGUCUAUAGAGCCGGUCAUAUAGACUGUCUCCACUGGCCUCCUUCAAGCCACUUUCCUGGUUUUAAAAGCUGACAACUGCAAGCUUUCCCCCAUUAUACUUUUCACAAUUUACUCCAACACAAUCCCCAUUGGUGGGAAAUAGUUGUGCUACAGAUGUCUAUUUACAGGCAAGCAUGGUUGAGAUCUGUGAAUGCUUAUUGUGCAGUUAUUACUAGAGAUAGUUUUGAAAAUGGGACUUCAGAAGAUUAGCAGUGUCUAAGCCACGCCUGUAGAGUUCCCAGGGCCAACUAGAGUCCUGGAAGGUUGCAUCUCACCCCACUGGCUGAGGUCCCCACCCGAUUUACACAAAGGAAGGGGGAGCAUGUGGAAGGGAGACAAGCUCAGUGUUAUAUGAGAGGAGAGCAGACACAUGAGUGACAUGCUCCACCAUGUUUAAUUUGCCCUUUAGUCAACAUUUGAAUUCCUGUAGCAUAAUAGAUCUUGUCAUAUGGGAAACAAUGUCACACGCUUCACCAAACAGCAAGAAAAAAGGCAGUAGGCAAGGUUAUUGAAUGAUGUGUCCCAAGAGACAUUUUCUAAAUUUUAGUAUAUUUUGUCUUGGUGUGUAAAUUGAGCCUUCACUUAUUUAUCUUUCAUUUUCGCCAAAAUUCUAGGCUAGGCAGCCGUUUAAAUUCAUGGCUUUUAAAAACUUUCACUAACUGUUCCCUUGUUCUUAAAAUCACUUUGUGUUUCCCUUGAUUUUUAACCUCUCCUCUUUUGAAGACCUUUUUAAAUAAAACAAAACAAAAUUCAAUUAAACAUGGGCCCCCACCUUAUUUUGGUCUUGCCCCAGGCCCAUCUUGGCAGGUUAUGGAAACCAUACUGGCAGAGCUUGGUUCAAUGGGGCUUUCAAGGAGCAGAAUUACAGGAGCAUUCUGACCAUGGAAGGAGAUGGGUAGAGCCCACGCAAAUCUCAAAGAGCCCUUUUGCAACUGGCAAGAUAUUUUCCAGUUUACUCUAACCAAGGAAACAAUUGCUGCCAAAAAAACCACCCAUACACAAUCCUCUCUUCCUAUUGAUUAUGUAGCGUUGGUGUUGUUAAAUUUGUUUGUUCUAUUGUAUUGCUAUUCCUCUUUCAGCCAGCUAUUUUUCAUUUCUGGAAUGUGUUCCUAGUAAAGUGAUGAUGGAUGCAGUAUAUGCAACUCCUUUAAAGGCUUGUUUAGUCUUGGGAGAAGAUAGCAGAUGCAGAAAAGAGCAUUCAAGACCUCUCUUCAGCAAUGUCUGUGGGCUGGUGGAAGCAGCCUUGGGAAACAAGAAAUGCCCUCUCGUUACCAGCAGCCUCUUUAUAAUGUUCCCAAUAAAACUAGUACCGAUGAAUAGAGGAGAUGUGCAUGAGCCUCAAUGUUCAAGCUGCCUUUGCUUUGGAAUUCAUAGUAUGCUUUAAGACUGCUCUUCAUACGGGGCUCAAAAAACAGUUUGAGCAACCCAAGACGCACCAGCAACCUGCUCACUCACUGUGAUUCUACUUAAGUUUCAUUCCAGAGUUAUGCACACAAGUCUUGUUAAAUUAAUACAACUUGUGAGGCACCUAAGUGGAGGCACGUAUUGCAAAUGUACCAAAAUGGUGAAUAUAUAUAUAUUAAGCAUUAAAAAUGAGUGAAUGUCAUAUUUCUAUCCUUACUGUUUUGAUCCUUUUUUUAAAAAAAAUAAUUGCAUGUAUUUAUUUUUUAAUGUUAUAAAAAUGGAUAACAAAUUAUGAA